UGGGGUUUUCUCCCUGCUGAAAUACAGCACAUGAUCCUCGACCUGCUCAAUCAACACAAGUCCCGAGGGUGCUACGCUGCCGUAUCCAAAGAAUGGCAAACCAUCUUCGAGGCGAAAAACUUUAGUCAUCUCAAGAUAAGCCAGCAUGACCUACAACAGUUCGCAAAGGUGGCCAAACCUAGAUGGCGAAAACAGCUGAUCAAAAGCAUCUGGCUCAAUAUCGAGCUCCAGUCGUACAACUGUUAUUUAUGUGGCUGGGCCGAAAGCAGCAGCUGGCAAAGAAAGAACAAAUUCAUCAUCGAAGAUGCAGUCAUGAACCUGUUUAGCCUCUUGAAAAGCUGGAGGCGCGACUUGGCUCUCGAGCUCAAUGCGUAUUCCCCGAGUGAUCGUGAGCAUUGGCAACAGCACUGUUUUGUGGGUGGCCCGGGAGAAGACGGUCCAGCUGAGGAGAUUCAUGAUCCUAAGCAUGGCUUUGAACAUGGUCGACAAGUCAAGCCCCCAGAGCCAGCGGCCAUAUACAGAUUCCUCAUAGAUAACUACGUCAUUCAUAGGCACUCAUUAGGUCCCGAAACGCUCAUAGGACUCCCGAAAGUAACUGCCGUCACAAAGUUCACAAUACGUCGACAAUUCCGGUGUCAGUUCCCCCCAAAGGCGGCCAGCAGGCUGUUUAGUUCAUUCCCUCGGCUAGAAACUCUAGUCUGGGAGCCAUGG